GGUUCAAUUGGUAGGCAAAGACAAAGGAAGAUAACAAUUAAAUUUGCAAAACCAAAAGUAUCCCUGACUUUCUUCAGAAACCCACAUUUACCCUUGCUUUUUGGAUGACAAUUGACAAGGGUUAGCUUUGUCGGGGCUUUCCUCCACUGACUCCACACUCUCUUUUUCGCUGCUACGCUGCUGACGAGUCAAGGAAGAAGAGAUACUGGGAAGGGAGCUCGGGCAGAAGAAUGGCGCGCUGAGGAAUCACGACGGAGACGUCGAGCAAAGCAGGAAGUAGACUGCGGUGUGUCAGCCAGGUACCAUCUCUUCUUUGUGCUCUGUGAAAAUGGUUGAUCUUCGGGCAUUUUCAGCAGGGUUAUUUGAUUAGGGUUACAAAUUUCCAUAAUCCUUCUAGGCAGAUUCAAACAAGUAGGCAGCCAACUAUUUUCCUGUAACCGAGCUGGUUAAUUUUGUGUAUUUGGGUGGUUUGGAGUAUGGGAGAGGAUUUAAUUUAUUAAGAGAGCCGAGUCAAUUUAUCUAACGGGUCAUUUCGUAAUGAAUGUAUGAGAAAGGGAGAUAGCUUGCCCUGACCAAUGCAAGCUUUCCCUUUUGAGCUCCUGUACUGUUCUAAAUAACCCGGCAGGCUUGAUAAGCAAUUUGCUUAGUAGUCUUUGUGUGGGAUUAGUAGACCUGAUUAACUAUUAUAUAAACAGGAACAGUGAGAGUAAGGUGUGGUUGCUUGUUGAUAGUGAAUUAGUGAUAGCAAAGGCAAAAUUAUUGAGGAGAGAAUCGUUCGUGGUAGUAGCUUCAAAAGACCGAUCCCAAACAACUCAUGAUUUGAUUACUACCCUUCUUCUCUUAUGUUCUUGGUUCUUUCUUUCAGCCAAACUUCUGGGUAGAUUCCUGGCGUUUUAUUCGUUAAUGAUUCCUUUGCUCUGAAAAUAUUUCCUAUCACGAAGAAUUUAUUCGAUUUAGAGUGAUAAGAUUGGUUGUUGAUGUUAAAGUCUGUAUGGAUGAUUUUGUAGAUUACCUGAGGCCUGAGGGUGAGAAGUGCUCAUAUCCAGUGCUUGAUUACGAGAGAAGUACCAGCACCCUUUGAGCCUCGGUAAGUGUUGCAACUCUUGAAUUGGGGUCAUUGUUGGUUCAGAGUUGCUGGUUGUGAGUAGGUUAGUAGAUUGAUGAUCAAGUUUAAAAUUGAAGCUGUAAAUUUAAAAGAUGUCGAUGCGUGUUAAUCCACAUUUUUUUCCUGUCACAGCCUAAAUGAAUGAAGGGCAUUGCUAAGAAUAUGAUUAAGCCUUACUACCAAAAGCUCAAUGAGUAGGCCUAGUGCUCAAGUCUUAAGACCAUAUGUUCUGUAACAAUAGGUGUGAACUUAGAUUGCAUAAAUUUUUGUAUUUAAUACGUAUGUUAAUAUUGUUAACUUGUAUUGUUUAGAGAUGGCGUCGGUACCGGGAGGAGGUGAGAAUAAGAAGAAACCGGGAGGAGGUGAGAAUAAGAAGAAACCAAGGCAUAAUGAGGGGGAGCAACCACAGAUACAGCCACGCCAGGUUUUAAGGGCAGACGGCUUCCCGCAGUUUAACUUUCCUUUCUCUGGUGGAGUGGCUAGUGGACGGAAUUCACGCCAGAACCUUGAGAGGGAUACAACCACUUCACCAUCUGAACAGUCACGGGAGUACGAUGAUAGUUCUAGGGAAUAUGAGUCAGAUGAUUUUGAGGAGGAGCCCCUCCCACAGUUCGAUCCUCAGACUGGCGGAGGACCUAGAGUGACGACACAUACUGCCGUCGGGGUUUAUAAUGACAAUGGGGGGCGCAACUACUCAGUUCCCCGAUGGGGUCAGGAGUCAGGAGCAUGUAGGAGGAGGCAACAACAGCCUCAACCGUGGGAGCUUAGAGAGGGGUGUGCGGGUGGACCUAGUGAUAUGAGGUUGAUCCCUACCUUUCGUAGUCAUGUCGCCCACGGCCUUUACACAGGGACUUUGAAUCGAGGGGUGAUCUUUUGCUAUCACAAGAGUGAAUCACUUGACUGCAUCCUUCAGGGGUACAAUUUUUGCAAUGAGGAUGCUGAGGCGAAGGUUCGCCAAUCAGGGCUGGCUCACCUAGUUGAUAUUACGCUCCGCAAGGAGCUGGACACUGCUCUCAUUUCGGCUUUUAUAGAGAGGUGGCAGCCAGACACCAAUACCUUUCACAUGCCAUUUGGAGAAAUGACGAUUCUCCUCCAUGAUGUGCACCACAUCCUUGGUGUUCCAGUAGACGGAGAAAGGAUGAGUGUGGACACUGGGGAGAUGCUGACACUGGACGUAGACAUGUGCGAGCUUCUUGGCAAGACCAAGGGGCAAAUAAGUAUGGGUGCAAAGCGGCCUGAAGGUCGUGAAUGGGCUGCCUGGUACAAUGGACAUGGUUUGUUGGGUGAUGAGGCGCUGCAGUAUGUGCGUAUGCACGGGACAGCGUCUCGAGAGGCACAGUGUUACCUUCUGUUAUUGUUGGGGUCUACAUUGUUCGUGGACAAGAGUAAAGACCGUGUGAAAGCUGUUGUCAACUUGUUCUUGAAGAACCCAGAGUUGGUGAAUGGGUACGCUUGGGGGGCUGGAGCACUUGCAUGGUUGUACAGGCAGCUUGGUAUAGCCUCCCAUGCAGAUGCCACGUGUAUGGCGGGUUGUUUGACCUUACUACAAUGUUGGAUUUAUGAUCACUUUCCCAGCCUGAGGCCGAGUCAACUAAAGCCACGGGAUGUUCCAGAUGGGCAACCUUUUGCAUCUAGGUGGCGCGGGAUCCCACCUCUAGCAUCCUAUGAGAGAGAUAAUCAUUUGGUACAUCAUUACCGCGAGGCGAUUGACAACUUGACAGCCAGACAGGUGGACUGGACACCAUAUGGUCAAUUCCCCCAUAUCAAGCUUCGUCGUUCCUUGUAUAGUGGUGGGGUGAUCUCGUUUGCUGAUGUGUCAGAGGUGUAUGAUCCUGCUCGAUGCCUUCGACAAUUCGGUUACCAACAGAUGAUCCCACAUUGGCCGUUGAAACUACCAGCAGGCUACAUUGUCAAGUACAAUAACGUCCAGGAACAAUUGUGGAAUAAGGUAGAAUCCCAGUGUCUAGGGUUGGACAUGUGUUCUCGGCCUUGUCAGAGCAGGCCAUGGGAGGUGGUGGAAGGAUACAUGGAGUGGUACAAGAAGUACUCACACCCUCAAAUUCUUAGUCUCAGUCGACAUCGACGAGGGUUCGUGGACAGCGAUGUGGUGUUGCGUGAGAUACUCACGAAGAUUGCUCCUGUACUUGACGCUGGCGGAGAGAGUCGAGAGCAGUUUAGGGCGAGGUCGGACGAGUUCUAUGACAUAAUUAAAGGAGUUCAACAAUUGUGGGCCGAAUACAAGCAGAUGGUAGGGCAGCCGUGACACCCUUCUCCUCAUUCGUUGUUUGCAGGCCAUAUGGGGGCUUAGAUGUUUCCGUUUGUGAUGUUUUUUUUUUUUUAUGUUGACAAUCAUGAUUUAUCAUUUCGUGUAAUUCUGAUGGAUGUGAUUUCAUUUGCUUGAUACAUUAAUUUCGUAUGAUGUUUGACUUAUGUUGUAUUCAUAAGUAAUUGUUAUGGACUUAUGGUUGUCAUAUGGAUAGUAAUUCGUCACAUAGGCCUACAAGGUUAGUUAUGUAACAAAUGAGCUAUGGAUUUCUCCUAUAAUAUCGCCUUUUCCUGUGCGUUGGAAUUGAUACGUUUGUCAUCAUUGUCUAAGUUAGUGAGAAAGAUGUUAAGAAUGAUUCCUGAUGAAAUGGAUUGUGACUAGGGCUAGCAAUCGGUUUGGUUCGGUUUCAACAGAAUUGUGCAGUCGGUUCUAGGUUGACCGUUAAGCGUUUUGUGCUUACUAUUCAUAUUAGUUGGUUAAACAUAGUUGUAUGAUCGGUUGCUUUUCCCGGUUAAAUGGAUAACCGUUAAUCAAGUGAUUCGACAAGAUUAUACUAAAAUAAUCGAUGAGUAACCUAACUAACAAAAGAUCUCAUUUUUU